AAAUGGUUGUAGAGGGGGCGGGAUAAGCUCGCCCGCCAUUGGAUGGAGAGGCGCAUCCUUGCAAGUGGAUUGGUCGCUCCGACUUCCUGUUGGGAAGAGGGCGGAAAAAGGGCGGAAGGCAAGGCGGGUUCCCACGAGAAAAUGGAACAGCUGGAGGAGAAACUGGCCAAGGAAGUCAGGAGAUACAAACAUCUGUACGAUGCAACGGACAAAAACCCGGAAGUCACCGCCAAUUCGUGGAGGGAAUUGGAAGAACUUUGGAGGAAGAGUCAGACAGGUGCAAAGAAAAGUGGAAGCAGAUGGCGAGACAAGUUUGUCAGGCUGAAAAAAAGAAUGCAAACAAAGAGCGGAGAUCCUGGAGACUUAAUUCCAGCCUACUAUUUAAUGCUGGCCUGGCUGGAAAGAUUUAUCACACACAAGGAAAUCGGGGCAAAUUUCAACGGUGUUGCAGCUCAGCCUGAAGAUGACACUCCAAGUCCCUUAGGGCAAAACUCCUUGGACUCAACAUUGAAAACAGAGGACAUCUCAUCUACACCAUACUUCACCUCCAGAGACUCAAGUGUCUUCCGACUGCACAGCAGUGAGGAUGAGGGUUCAACCAGUGUAUCCACUGUGUCAUCCAUUCAAGAAAGAGGAAGAAGAUGGGAGGGGACGAGAUACUGGACACUAUUGUCACUCUACGCCGGGAGCGGCUUCAAACUUAUACUGCAAUGAUGUCACUGUUGAGCCCCAUCAAUGGCUGGAGCAAUGACGAAUAUACAACUUUUGCACUGGCUGUUGCGGACUCUUUGCGGAAACUCCCACCAGAUCGUGUGGAAGCAACAAAAGCCAGAGUCUUCAGUGUACUUGCUGAUGCGCACUCCCAAUAGUUUGGACAAUUCGAAGCAGCUUCAUUGACAGUUUGAAACUGUUUCAUUUUUACUGUUGGAAAAUCCAUUUUGUAUUUAUGUUUUUGUAUUCAGUUUUUAUUCAUUUUGUUCUGACAGUUUGAAAUUAGUAUGCUUUGUACACCUUUUUACGCACGUGGUACACGACAAUAGAACCAAGUGAAGGCCAGAAUAAAUGAUUGUGUCCAUCUGUGAU